UUAUUUUCAAAAUUAAUUUCAAUUAAAUUUGAAAAAAACUUAUAAUUUUUUGUAAGAAAAAUUUUCCGUCGUUUCUAAAACUUCCGUCUUUCGUCUAGUUUUUGAAGAUUAAGCUUUAAAUGGAUCUAACUUCUCAUCCAUCAGCAGUUGACAUUUACCAAAUUCAUCGGACACCUUUUUUUCGAAGACUUCAUCGAAACAACUCAGACCAAUUCGAACGAUUGAAGAAAGCUUAUGAGAAUAUCCGAAGUUUUGAUGAGAAACCACUUCAAGUGCAGGUGAAAAAAGUACGACUUGGUAAAUUAUUGCGACGCAUAAAAGACACAUUGACAAAAUCAAAGCCUAAACACGAAAAACAAUUACGAUCUAAACCUAAAAGCCAACAUCAAAUCCGUUGUGAAGAAUUGGCAAAGGCCCGACAAAAGGGAAGUGAAUAUUCUCGUCAGAAUUUGAAUUCUAUUUCAACUCCCAAACUCAUUCAAGCAAAGAUCUUAAGCCCUCAAGAAGAAUGGUUACAGAGAAAAUCUCAACUAAAACGUCGCUUGGAUUAUGGAAACAAAAAAUCGGAGAAAAAUCGAUCUAAAAUUCAGCGAUUUCAAGAAAUGUGUUUACAGUAUUCUCCAGAAGUCCAGGAAUUUCAUCGCGUCCCAAGACCUCAUUCAUUAGGAAUGAAGGAAAAGCUUAGAAAAUUACUAGUUCGUUAUCUAUCCGAAGAGAAAGCUAAUCAAGAUGUUGUUAAUUCGCUCGAAGAAAUUGCAAAAACAAGAAAUGAUUUGUACUGGGAUUUAAUGGGAGCUAUUAGCAAGCAGCAAAAGUUCAUAAAACGUUAUUGGCAUUUCACCAAAAAGUUGUCAACAUUUGCAAUGAGGAGUAAGGAACAAAACCAACAUAGCCAUGUAGAAAUAUUUGAAUCAAAAACAAAUAUAAAACCGUGUGGUUCAGAAGUAUGUAUCAGAACUUAUAGAUAUUCCGAUGACGAUGAAUAUCUACCAGCACCAACGGAAUCGCUUUUGAGAAUGCCAAUUCCAGAUUUGACAGAAGAAAUUCCUACACAUGAUGAAUUUAGAGAAGAUUUGAUGGAAAAUAAUAGCCCUAUACAGCAUUUGCAUAUUGCUUUUCCAAAUCAUAUAUCUAGCACAAGACUUUGUGAGCUACACAUUCCCGAAAAUGAUAUGAACCUAUCAAAUAAAUUUGGAGAAAUCAUUCGAAAUACAGUUCGAAAAGAAUCAGUUAUUAUGCUAACAAAUCUUGAAAAGGCUAUGAAGCAUUGAACAUUACUAUGGAGCACUCAGAAAUUUUCUCAAUUAGAGUCUAUUUUUCUGGUUCAGAAAAAAAUCUUUUUGAAAAAGAAAAA